AUGAGUGCCGCGCCGCCGCCCGCGCCGCUCCUGCCGCUGCUGCUGCUGCUCGCGCUCCUGGCCGCGCCCGCCGCCCGCGCCCCCACGGCCCAGUCCGCGCCGGCGCCACAGCCCAAACCCGAGCGCGAGUCGCGGCCGCCACCGGGCCCGGGGCCCGGGAACUCCACCCGGACUGAGUCUGGGGCGGCAGGCGGCGGGAGAGGCAGCUCCAACACCAGCGGCGACGCCUUGGUGACACGCAUCUCCACCCUGCUCCACGACCUACCUACCCUGAAGGCGGCCGUGAUCGUGGCGUGCGCCUUCAGCGCCCUCCUGAUCGGCUGCCUGCUGCUGCGCGUCUUCAGGUCCGGGAAGAGGCUGAAGAAGACCCGCAAGUAUGACAUCAUCACCACCCCGGCCGAGAGAGUGGAAAUGGCCCCGCUGAACGAAGAGGACGAUGAGGAUGAGGAUUCCACAGUGUUUGAUAUCAAAUACAGGUAAAACCUGCCUGCCAGCAUGUUGGCAUCCUGUGGAAAGUUGGCCAGCUGCAGCCUGGGUGUGAAGGAUCUGGAAGCUCUCUCCCGUCCGAGCUGUUGAAACCAAAACACACAUUACUUAUACAACUCUGGCUCCAUGCUGCGUGUUGGACAUCUGCUCAGAGUGUCACCAUCAAGCUUGUUUCCAGAUCACCACAUGAGAGUCAUUUCUGCCACCCUGUGGGUGCCCCUUUAAAGUGUCACCAUUUCUUCUCCCCCUUUUGACAGGUUUUCUUGUCUUGCUAAGCAGUGAAGGGUAGACACAUUGAUUAAAAAAAAUGUUUUUAAAGCAA